UUAAAAUUCGAUGUCUAUGGUUAGCAGUUAGCUACGGGUCAUUGGUGUCCUUCGGUAGCCAUCGGGUGGAAGCGAGUUUCAGCUGACCAGUGUGAACGAUGUACUAUAAGUUUAAUAGCAUAACACAGCGGCUCACUGGAGCAACCGCCAACGCAUACACCCCGCAGGGUCUCCGUCCAGCUGUCCCUCCAGUCAGUCCCCCUGUCAUCUUUGCUUCUCCUACCAAGUUGGCAACUGAAGCAGGAAGCCAGGUGCAAUAUUUGGGAGUCAACAAAGUCCCCGACUUGCAGAGACUCUUCCAGACAUCUGACGGAGUCCCAGUCCAUCUGAAGGGGGGUCUGAUUGACAAGCUGCUCUACAGAACCACCAUGGGGCUGACCAUUGGAGGGGCGCUUUACUGCCUCGUCGCGCUCUACUUUGCUGCUCAGCCUAGCAACAAGUGAUUCCUGCACAGUCCAGUAUGAUGGCAGGACCGGCGACAAUUGGCUGGUUUGAAGGACUUUGGGGAAUUACAUUCAGGUUAUAUACUUGCACGAUAAAACCGUUCAAAGUUUAUUUUCUAAGUAAAACCAAUAAAGUUAUAUUUUGUUGAA